CAUAUCCAAAAACCCAACUUUCCCUAGCUCACAUUCUACACCACAUUUGAGACGAUCACAAAGAAGAGUGAGUGAGAAGGAAAUGGCCUCCACUGCAUGCUUUUUGCACCACCAUGCACUCACCACCGCCGCUUCUGCCCGGUCCUCAUCGUCGGCACAGCGCCAAGUGGUGAACAUCAACAAGCACAACCAGGUUGUGAUCUGCCGGGCCCAGAAGCAGGCAGCCGGCCAGGAAGAAGAGAGCGGUGCUAACGUCUCACGGCGGUUGGCUCUCACAGUCCUCAUCGGUGCUGCAGCCCUUGGCUCCAAGGUUUCCCCUGCUGAUGCAGCUUAUGGUGAAUCGGCCAAUGUCUUCGGAAAGCCAAAGUCGAACACAGACUUCUUGCCAUACGUUGGAGAGGGAUUCAAGCUAUCCAUUCCUGCAAAAUGGAACCGUAGCAAAGAGGUUGAGUACCCUGGUCAAGUCCUUAGGUACGAGGACAACUUCGACAGCAACAGCAAUGUGGCCGUCACAAUCACCCCAACCGACAAGAACUCCAUCGCCGACUAUGGCUCCCCCGAGGAAUUCCUUACGAAGGUGGACUACUUGCUAGGCAAACAAGCCUACUUUGGCAAGACUGAAUCCGAGGGUGGUUUCGAUCCGGGUGCUGUGGCCACAGCCAACAUAUUGGAGAGUUCUAGCCGAGUGGUUGACGGAAAGCAGUACUACUACAUAUCUGUGUUGACAAGGACAGCCGACGGAGAUGAAGGAGGCAAGCACCAGCUUAUCACAGCCACCGUGAAAGACGGCAAACUCUACAUUCUAAAGGCACAAGCCGGAGACAAGAGGUGGUUCAAAGGAGCAAGGAAGUUUGUAGAGAGCACUGCAAGUUCUUUCAGUGUUGCAUAAGAAUUUAUUUGAGAGGGUUUGUGUAAUGUAAAUCACCUUAAGAUUGUGAAUUGCCUUUGAGCUCUCUAGUUUUUUUCUUCUUCUUUUAUCCUGUGUGUUUAAGAGUUGGCUAUAACCGAGGAAAUGGUUGAGCAUAUAUAAUUGUUUCACGGUAUUAAGCAAUUUUCUUA